UAUUUCGAUAAGAACUACUCAUUUUCGACUUCCCAAGUGUUCCUCCCUCUUUCGAAAAUCGCACGUUGAGCUGUUGAGAUGGCAUCGAAAGUAUCGCGCGAUACCCUGUAUGAGGGUGUUAAUGGCCUCUUGGAGGCAUCCGCCAAGAAGAAGCGUGGCUUCCUGGAAACCGUGGAACUCCAGAUCGGUCUGAAGAACUACGAUCCCCAAAAGGACAAGCGUUUCUCCGGCACCGUCAAGUUGAAGCACAUCCCCCGUCCCAAGAUGAAGGUGUGCAUCCUCGGCGAUCAGCAGCAUUGCGAUGAGGCCAAGGCCAACAACGUCGAGUUCAUGGAUGCCGAGGCUCUGAAGAAGCUCAACAAGAACAAGAAGCUGGUGAAGAAGCUGGCCAAGUCUUACGAUGCUUUCCUGGCCUCUGAGUCGCUCAUCAAGCAGAUCCCCCGUCUGUUGGGCCCUGGCCUGAACAAGGCUGGCAAGUUCCCUGCCCUGCUCUCCCACCAGGAGUCCAUGAUCGGCAAGAUCGAGGAGGUCAAGUCCACCAUCAAGUUCCAGAUGAAGAAGGUUCUGUGCCUGUCCGUUGCCGUCGGCCACGUUGGCAUGAAGCCCGAUGAGCUCGCCCAGAACAUCAACUUGUCCAUCAACUUCUUGGUGUCGCUGCUGAAGAAGAACUGGCAGAACGUGCGCUCCCUGCACGUCAAGUCCUCCAUGGGACCACCCCAGCGUCUGUACUAGAUGUGCAUUCACUUUUUUAAACAUCUAACAAAUAAAUAGAAACUACAUUUUUGGAAUGUAACUAAA